AAAGCUUUCAGUCUGCACUGAGGGAGCUGAAAUACAGAAACCAAAUUUACAGGUACAUGUGACAACGUUGCAGCUAUGAGUGGAAUUUUAAAGAGGAAAUUUGAACAAGUUGAUGGCUACUCACCCUGCUCCUCUGUGUGGGAAUCAGAUGAUGAAGUUUCUAGCAGUGAAUGUGCUGACAGCGGCGACAGUGUCAAUCCAUCCACUUUUAAGCAUUUUCCCCGAAAAAUUAAGGAAAUAUCUACAGACUGAAAACAUGGUUUCAGAUGUCUAAAAUCUGCUGAGAGAAACUGGAGUUCUUUGAGAUCACAAGAUACAUGUGACAGCGUUGCAGCUAUGAGUGGAAUUUUAAAGAGGAAGUUUGAAGAAGUUGAUGGCUCCUCACCCUGCUCCUCUGUGCGGGAAUCAGAUGAUGAAAUUUCUAGCAGUGAAAGUGCUGACAGCGGCGAUAGUGUCAAUCCAUCUACUUCUAAUCAUUUUACCCCUUCAUCCAUCCUGAAAAGGGAAAAACGGAAGAGGACGAAGAAUGUUCAUUUUAACUGUGUUACCGUGUACUAUUUUACAAGACGGCAAGGUUUCACCAGUGUUCCCAGUCAAGGAGGAAGCACAUUGGGCAUGUCUACUCGGCACAACAGUGUGCGUCAGUACACACUUGGAGAGUUUGCCAUGGAACAAGAAAGGCUCCAUCGAGAGAUGUUAAGAGAACAUCUAAGGGAGGAAAAACUUAACUCAUUAAAAUUGAAGAUGACAAAGAAUGGCACAGUGGAAUCUGAAGAAGCUAAUACCCUAACGCUGGAUGACAUUUCUGAUGAUGAUAUUGAUUUAGACAACACUGAGGUAGAUGAGUACUUCUUCCUACAGCCUUUACCAACAAAGAAGCGAAGGGCCCUGCUGCGAGCCUCUGGAGUGAAAAAGAUUGAUGUGGAGGAAAAACAUGAGCUGCGGGCCAUCCGCUUGUCCAGAGAGGAUUGUGGCUGUGACUGCCGAGUAUUCUGCGAUCCAGAAACUUGUACUUGCAGCCUCGCAGGCAUCAAAUGCCAGGUGGAUCGUAUGUCUUUUCCAUGUGGUUGCACUAAAGAAGGGUGUAGCAAUACAGCAGGUAGAAUUGAAUUUAACCCCAUCCGUGUACGGACUCAUUUUCUGCACACGAUAAUGAAACUUGAAUUGGAGAAAAAUAGAGAGCAGCAAGUUCCUGCACUAAAUGGUUGCCACAGUGAGAUAAGUGCUCACACUAGUUCUAUGAGCCAAGCACCCCAUCCAGUAGAGUAUUCAAUUGCAGAGAAUUUUGAGACUGAAACUGAACCGCAGACUGCAGUGAUGCACCUGCAGUCAGCUGAGGCCUUGGAUUGUCCAGGGGAAGAGGAGGAGGAAGAGGAUGGAAGCAGCUUUUGUAGUGGAGUUACAGAUUCUAGCACACAAAGUUUAGCACCCAGUGAAUCGGAUGAUGAUGACGAUGAAGAGGAGGAGGAAGAUGAAGAUGAUGAUGAUGAAGAAGAAAAAGUGGAUGAUUUUGUAGAAGGCAUGGGCUCCCAUGCUGGCGUGGUACCGCUUCCUUCUGUCCUUUGCUAUUCUGAUGGCACUGCAGUGCACGAAAACCACUCUAAAAAUGCCUCAUAUUAUACUAACUCUUCAACUCUGUAUUACCAAAUAGAGAACCAUGCCCCUGGCACUGCUAACCAGAUCAGUGAGACCUACUCAGAAAGGGACACUGUUAAAAAUGGUAGUCUUUCUCUGGUGCCUUACAAUAUGACUUCAGAGCAGUUUGUUGACUAUACACGGCAAUCAGAGGAAAGUUACAGCAGCCCUCAUUACCCUUCUGCAAACCCCUCUGUGAUAGUUUGCUGCUCUUCUUCGGAUGGUGAUAACAGUGUUCCAUGUAAUAGUUUGUAUGCUGAACACAGGCCAAACCACCCUCAAGUGGAAUUUCACUCAUACUUGAAAAGUCCCUCUCAAGAUGGAUUUGUUUCAGCUCUGAAUGGCGACAGUCAUGUACCAGAGCAUCCUGCUGAGAAUUCUAUAAACCUUUCAGAAAAGAGCAGAUUGCAUGAAGAGUGCAUCAAAUCACCUGUUGUGGAAACAGUACCUGUUUAACAUGAAGUUAUUCUAGGACUGCAUUCCUUUAUUUAAAUGCACUCUGAUUACAUUGGAUUUCCUAGCACCGUAAGUUUUUUAAGCUGUGGACAAUGAAAACUUGGACUAUGGGUAAUGUUCCAGACACCUUUUGUUUUUUUCUUUCAAGCUACAUGGCUGUGGCAUUGCACAACAGCAGUUCAUGUAAAGUUUCGAAAAGAUGGGGGGAAAAACUGUCUUUUGAUAGAAAAUGCAUAAAUUAAAAAUAUAUACAUAUUUCAAAGUAGCCUACCUGUCAAACUGUGUGAAACCUGCCAAGCUAUCUGAAUCAAAGCUUCAUGUUUUUGAUUGUCGGGCCUGUGCAAGAUUGUUAAAAAUGAUACUUUGAAAUAUUCAUAUUUAGAGUCCUAAAUUUUCAACAUAUCUGACAAAGAUGGUGACUUUUUAAUGUAGAAGUAAUUACUGUAUGGAAAAGUUUUAAUUGUUCUGUACUGUAUGUAUUUUAUUUAUGAUAGUUUAGUACUCAUGUUUUUGAUAAAAAUGAACAGCAUGUUCAUUUGACCUGAAGAUCCAUAGCUAGUAAUACAGAGCAUGCCCACUUAAAUUUCAUCUGGAGUACCAUAUACAUUUUUUAUGACCACUCCAUGCAACUACUUUUAAAAUGUAAUCUUGAAGGUACAUGGGGUCUCUUUUUACUAUUUUUGACAAACAGAAGUGUCAGUAAGGUGGCAUUUAUGUUUUCUAUAAAGGUGAAAGGUAGGACAAUCCUCUGUUAAAGCUGGUAUCAAUGGCAUCCCACAGCUAACUCCCCAUAGAGAAAAUUGAUGUUGUGUAUAAAGACAAAGCAGCAAUUUAAAGUCACCCAGCACCUUUUAGCUCUACAAACAUUCAGCUUGCUAAUGCACUUUAGUGCCAUUUUGCAGUACCUUAUUAAUUGUGGAAACUGGGAACCAUUUUGGAGAAAUACCAUGGCUGCAGAUUUUAAGAUCUGUGUAAUAUACAGGUGCAUUGUAAUGAAUAUGAUACAAGUUUUCCGAAGCCAGUUUAUGAAAGCCUCAAUAAGUAAUUAGUAAAAGCAAAGAGCCUAGCUGCUUAGAGAGUAAACGAAGCAUGGAAAAGUGUGUGUGUGUGUGUGUGUGUGUAAGUGGGGAGCCCUAGAUUUUCCUACCUUUUUAGCUAUUGUUAUAAAAGAAGAGCCUUAUCAGAAGUCCUUCUGUGAACUUUUGAUCAGAUCCUACAUGUAUAGAAUCACUUAUCACUAUUAAUAGACUAAAUUUGGUACUAGAAGCUGCAUAUUUAGUUAAGACCCUGGGUUCAAAAGUUUUAUACCUGUGAAAACUGAGGCAAUUUCUCAUGCAUAUCCAUUAUCAUGUUUUCAUUUCUUUUUCAAAAGGGAAUGAGAAUUAUGAUGUAUGCUUUAUACCAUCCAUUAAAUUAUCAUCAAAAGAUAUUUUUUUCUAAAGAAUUAGUAGAAGCCCAUUUUUGGUACGUUCAUGUAGCUAUAGCUAACUGUGCAUUGCCUUGUAUAAAAUGCAGCACAACACUUCAAAAUCUUGUUUUGAUGUUGAAGUAUCUUUUGUUAUAUGUCCAUUAGUCUAACAUGUAGACAUAUGUGGCUGGCUAGUCAAAUUACAACAUCUGCUUAAUUUUUACCAAAGUUAAAAUGAAUUGUUGAGAAAGAGAGGCAUAUAAGCAUAGUAUACAUUUCAACUCUGUUUCACUGACUGUUCAGGUGAGUAGCUCUUUAUAAAAGCAUAUAGAGUACUCCAGUAGAAAGAUUACCAUGUUUAAAAGAGGCUCUUUGAAAAAAGAAGUCAUGAUUUACUGUUGCCUUUAUGCUGCUUGUCUACAACCAUUGUCAAUUAAUUUUUUACACUAAAUUGGCAAAAGCU